GCGGACACGGUGCAGCGGAGCUCCGGGUUGAUUCCACGGAUCCGGGUUCGAACAUCGACUCGUUCACAGUCAACCCGUCCAGGGGGGGGAGCGGACAUGGAGCCUCCGGCCGCAGGGGACGUCAAAGUGCCCGUGCUGCACAUCGUGGUGGUGGGCUUCCAUCACAAGAGGGGCUGUCAGGUGGAGUUCUCGUACCCUCCGCUGCUGCCGGACGAGGGUCAUGACAGUAACCUGACGCCCGAGGAGUGGAGGUACCUGCCGUUCCUCGCGCUGCCUGACGGGGCGCACAACUACCAGGAAGACACUGUGUAUUUCCACCUGCCGCCGCUCACCGGAGACAUGAAGUGUGUGUACGGAGUUUCCUGUUAUCGUCAAAUAGAAGCAAAGGCCCUGAAGGUGCGGCAGGCGGACGUCACCAGGGAGACAGUUCAGAAGAGCGUGUGCGUCCUCAGUCGAGUGCCGCUCUACGGCCUCCUCCAGGCGAAGCUGCAGCUCAUCACUCACGCCUACUUCGAGGAGAAAGACUUCUCACAGAUCUCGAUUCUGCAGGAACUCUACGACCACAUGAACGGCUCCUUGAGGGGUUCCACUCUGGAGGGCUCGCAGGUUUAUUUAGGGUUAUCGCCCAGAGAUCUGAUCCUGCACUUUCAACACAAGGCUGUCAUCCUCUUCAAACUCAUUCUGCUGGAGAAGAAGGUUCUGUUCUACGUGUCUCCGGUCAACAAACUCGUUGGAGCUCUCAUGACGGUUCUAUCGCUGUUUCCAGGGAUGAUCGAGCACGGCCUGGUGGACUCGUCUCACUACAAACCCCGGAGCAGCGUGUCGGAGGACCUGAGUCUGGUGGAGAGCUUCUCCGGAGCCGAGGAGUUCGUCUCCGUGUCCGUCACCGACCUGGCCAGCUCGGCCCUGGAGCUGGUGGGCGAGGACACCGGCCAGCGAGCCGCCGAGUCCCUGUCGUCCGGGACCAGCACCGAGGGAGACAACCACCUCCUCAAACCUCCGUCACACACCUCCCCCGACUCCUCGGAGAGCGACUGGGAGACGCUGGACCCGAGCGUGUUAGAGGAGGUCGGCGCCAAAGAGGCCGCUGAGGGGAAAGAGGCGGGGUCAGAGCCGCCAGACGCAUUCGACCCCCAGCCGGGGAUGCCCAUCACUGUGCAGCCGCAGGCGGUCACCGGCCAGGGGGGGGUCACCCAGGGCCUGGUGUCCGGUCUGGAGGAGGACCAGUACGGCCUGCCGCUCGCCGUCUUCACCAAGGGUUACCUGUGUCUGCCCUACAUGGCCCUGCAGCAGCAUCACCUCCUGUCAGACGUGACGGUGCGAGGCUUCGUUGCCGGGGCGACCAACAUCCUCUUCCGCCAGCAGCGGCACCUGAGUGACGCCAUCGUUGACGUGGAAGAAGCUCGGAUCCACAUCCAGGACCCGGAGCUCCGGAAGAUCCUGAGUCUGACGACGGCCGACCUUCGCUUCGCCGACUACCUCGUGAAACACGUGACGGAGAACCGGGACGACGUGUUCCUGGACGGGACCGGCUGGGAGGGCGGAGACGAGUGGAUCCGAGCCCAGUUCACACUCUACCUGCACUCGUUACUGUCGUCUGCAAUUCAGCAAGACAACGAGCGGCUGCUGGCGGAUUACGGCGCUCCCUUCGUGGCGGCGUGGAAGAUCAGCCACAACUACCGGGUCUGGUACAGCAACAAGCACCCGGCCAUGACCGCCAUCACCCCCGGUCACCCGUUCCAGGGUCAGUACAGCGUCACGGACAUGAAGCUCCGCCUCUCACACUCGGUGCAGAACAGCGAGCGAGGGAAGAAGAUCGGGAACGCCAUGAUGACCACGAGUCGCAGCGUGGUGCAGACGGGCAAAGCCGUGGGUCAGUCAGUGGGCGGAGCUUUGACCAGCGCCAAGUCGGCCAUGUCCUCCUGGUUCUCCACGCUGGCCCCUCCUGCAGCUGUAACGCCCCCGGCUUCUCCUGAGGCCGCCAUGGAGGCGGAGCCGUGAAGACCCGAACCCUCAGUGACUGUGUCCCCCCCCCCCUCAGCCCCCCCCGUCGACCUCUGACCUUCUGGCCCCUGAGACGCCAGAAGGUCAUCGGUCUGAGAGCGUGAAACCCAGCAGUCGCUCCUCUGAUGGGAUGUUUACACGACUCUGGACCUGAAGGCGUCACUGCCGCUACACAAACUGUUCAGUCCACACCCACUGUGAGGCCCCUCCCCCUCCGCUUCCGACCAAAAACCUGAGGCUCCAGACGUCCGACCUCCUGUGACCUCCUGUGACCUCCUGUGACCUCGCUGCCGUCGCUGAACCAGCUCCUGACGCUGAACAUGUUGUUGUUGGUUUUUGCGGUUUUCGCUCUUUGCUGCGAGUUUCUCUCUAUUGUCGUAUUCACGUGAAUCUGUGUCACAGGAGUUGAGCUGAAGAUUUUAACAGUUUAGAUUUUACAGUCUGACGUCCCUGUGAUAACAUUCUGCUUGUUUCUGCAACACGUGUCAGGUGGAUUGAUGUAAAUAUACAUGGAAACACAUUUAUUAUUAUUACUCUUUAAAAUGUCCAUCAGUGUCUGAGGUGACAGUAAAAAUAAUAAAAUCUAAAAGUAUCAAA